AUGGUGGAACGUGAGUUGGUCAACCUACGAGUCACGCCGGUCAGUCCUGAGCGUCCUCCGGCCCGGUUUAUCGCACUCAAUGUGGGCCGUAAGCUGCCCGUCGUCACGGUGACCGAGGUGGCCAGCCUCACAGGUCAUGUGACCACCAUGGCCUUUGCAGAAGAGGGUGAUUUCAGUCUCUCCGAGGACGACCAACAGCCAGAGCAUGUGACAAAUGGCUGGGAGACGAGGAGAGCGGUGACUGUGAAAGAGGGAGCCAAGUCGGAGGCGGUUGGUAACGAAGCAAAGAAGCUGAGUGCGUUUGGGGAGAUGAGCUCUGAAAGUGACUCGGAAGCGGCAGUCGAAGUUGAGGAGGACAGGGAGGAUGAUGAGGAGGGCAACGGAAACCCGAAUCAUUCGCCCUUGUUAAUCGCCAAUUCUGACGACGAGAUUGAAGCACUCCUGGAGCGCUGGGAUGUCCAAGGCCUCACUACCUGCUCCAAUUCGCUCAGGAAAGAUAUCUAG